AUGAGACACAUUGCACGCAGUAGAUUGGUUCUUUGGCUCCUACUGAUCUUCACAUCUAUGCCACUCCACCUGUUUUUCAAUUCCGUGGUCUUCGCCAAACUUCAGGCAAACAACUAUGCGGUCCUUCCUAUCACGGAUGAUUGGUUUCAUGGGGCGCCAUAUGACACAUCUAACUUCAAGAACCUCACAAAAGAUAUUAUAGAGGAAAUGGUGCUUGAAAUGGACAGAUAUCGGCCCAAUCUUUCUAAUGUCGUCGAUUUAAGAGAAGGCGGCACGAUGCCGAGAUACAAGAACAUCAGCACGUCGGAUUGCUUUACCCAGUACGACAACCAUUACGUCUCCGGAGUGGGUAACGUUUAUCUGGUGCAAGACUACCCAACAGUGUGGCAGAACAACACGACGUGGCAACUCUGGCGUAACCCCAACACCUCCUAUUAUGUUUGGGAUGACGUUUAUUCCCCGUCAGAUCUUAUAGAUCGGACAUCGCGGAACAAACUCGAGCUUACGGAUACAACUCAGAGACUACCUGAACUAGCCUCACCAGAGAUCUAUCCAUCCAACACGUGGCGCUGUCCGUCCCAUAUAGUUAAGGGGUGCGAUGUCCGGAGUCGGUUUGAAGUGCCGCAGAAUCGGUCAGAUUGGAGACCAUAUGGCAACCGGAUCAACCAUUGCGUAGUCGAGCAAGUUGAAGAGUUCUGCAGAUUAGAGUUCAGCUUCUCCAUAGCACUGGCUGUCAUUCUUUCAAAUAUGGUCAAGGUGAUUUGUAUAGCUGCGACGCUCUUCGUCUGUGGGGCUCAUGCUCCUCUCGUCACGGUGGGCGAUGUGGUGGCGACAUACCUCGAUGAGCCAGACCCGACAACGCGCGAUCGCUGUCUAUAUUCCAGACGGCUCGUCGAUUCUCUUUGGGAAAAAGAGGGUAACGUCCGGAAACAAGCGCGGAAACCUGUCCCUCAAAGAUACGAUGCAAAAGAAGAGAGAUGGAGAAAGGCUCCCAGCGAGGGUAGAUGGAUCUGGACAUACUCAACCUAUUUUGUCGCCUUCGUUUUCGGCAUUCCAAGUCUUUAUUAUUCUCUCCAGGGUAUGCCAUCGGACCCACGCGAACUAUGGCAGAUCGGUUUCGGCACCGUAAACGGCGCCAACCUGUUCAGCUCCAACCUUCCGCUCGUAGGCAGCAUCAUCCUUGCAAACACACCACAAGUACUAUUAUCCUACCUCUACCUAGCUUUCAACGCACUCUAUACGAACAUGCUCGUGGCACACGAAUGGGCCUCGUAUCUAAACGAGCGCAAACCCCUCCGCGUCACCUCUCCGCACGGAGGACAGCGAGAUACUUAUUGGCUUAACGUGCCGUUUCGAUAUGCGAUUCCCAUGACGAUAAUCUCUGGCCUUUUCCAUUGGCUUGCUUCCCAGAGUGUCUUCAUGGUUCGUAUCUCAAUCACAGAUCAGACGCGUCAACCCGUGAACCAGAUCUCGACAAUCGGAUACUCUCCAAUGGCCAUAAUCUUGACGCUUGUCAUCGCAACGAUCAUCGCAGGUUUCGGGGCAGUGCUCUCGCGUUUCAAAUACCCGGCUGGUAUGCCUUUGGCUGGAAGCUGCUCGGUAGCUAUCAGUGCUGCAUGCCAUGCUCCUAUGAUGGACCAAGAUGCGAGUCUGCGGCCUGUGCAGUGGGGUGCUUGUACACAUUCGGGGUGGAUCAGCUAUCGCCAGGAGACAGUUGGCCAUUGCAGCUUCUCGAGCCUGCCAGUUGAGUUGCCAAUAUCUGGACGGCUAUAUGCAUAGGAUUAUGAAGGUGCUUUCAAAGUUGUUCAUGCGGGGACAUCGGGUUAGGUUCAGUAAGGCGCUCAACAUCGGCCCACUUUUGCGCGUUAUGGGGUAUCGCCGGACUAUGCCUAAUUAGUCUAGCAAACAAAAUUACAUCAAUCACUUCCAACCUGCGAGAAGUCGCAUCAAAUCGUCUCUUCAAUACCAUUUGGUGGUCCCACAGUCAUCAACUUCGAUUUCUCGCUCCGUUGUUGUGAGCGCUACGUACUACUGCGACCAUCCCGAAUGAUGAUCUGCGAUAUCUUCUCUGCUAGUGCAUAAAUGGUGCUCUGAGGAUGACCAGGUGGCAGGAAAGGGAAAAUACUGGCGUCCACAACACGAAGCCCAUCUACUCCAAAAACCUUGGCCUCCGAGUCGACGACGUCCAUCUCAUCGACUCGCUCACGAACACCAUCUUUGAGUACGCUCUUGCCCAUUCGGCAGGUUGAAGAGGCGUGCCAU